AUGUCCCCCAUUGCACUUGAACAGCCCGCUAGUGGUACGACGACGCCCAAUGGCAAGUCGGCGUCCAACGGCAUCGGCGCGCUCAAGGCCGCGCAGGCGAACGGGUACGAUGUCUUGGAGGACUACACGGGCAAGUACAGCUUCGCCCCCAUCGAGGAGUCGCAGGUCUCGCGCGCCAUGAUCAAGAGGUACUUCAACACGAUGUACGAGCGCGCCGUGUCCGACGUCGUCAUCAUUGGCGCCGGCAGCGCAGGCCUCUCAUGCGCGUACCACCUCGCCUUGAACCGCCCCGACCUCAAGAUCACCAUCCUCGAGGCGAACGUCGCCCCAGGCGGCGGCGCAUGGCUCGGCGGCCAGCUCAUGUCGCCUAUGGUCAUCCGCAAGCCCGCGGACGCCUUCCUGCGCCAACUCGGCGUUGAGUACGAGGACGAGGGCGCGUUCGUGGUCGUCAAGCACGCCGCGCUCUUCACCUCGACGCUCCUCUCCAAGGUCCUCGCGUUCCCCAACGUCGUCCUGAUGAACGCGACCGCGGUCGAGGACCUCAUGAUCCAGCGCGACUACUCGGGCCAGCAGCGCGUCGCGGGCGUCGUCACCAACUGGACGCUCGUUGCGCUCAACCAUGACACGCAGAGCUGCAUGGACCCGAACACCAUCACGGCUCCGGUCAUUAUCACUGCGACGGGUCACGACGGCCCUAUGGGCGCGUUUUCCGCCAAGCGCCUCGUCAGUGCGGGCCUGCUCAAGGAGCUCGGCAAUAUGCGCGGCCUCGACAUGAAUCGUGCGGAGCCCGCCGUCGUCAACCAAACGCGCGAGGUCGCACCCGGGCUCAUCAUGGCGGGCAUGGAGCUCUCCGAGCACGACGGUUCGAACCGCAUGGGCCCGACGUUCGGCGCGAUGAUUGGUAGUGGGGUGAAGGCUGCGACGGAGGCUAUCAAAAUAUUCGAGACGGCCAGGAUCGCGAAUGGUCGUGUCGUUGGGUGA